AUGGAAAUGCAGCAUCUCUUUCGCAAACACAAUAUGCCAGUUCCACAACUGAAUUUCGAUACCCAACUGCAUCAACAACAGGUUCAAGUUCAAGCACCGAUGUACACUGACAUUCAACAAAUCACUCGGAUUCCAACUGCCCCAUGCACUUUGUCAGGCAGCAACUUCAUGUCAGCUAUCACCGGAGCUGCUGUUGCCGCAGAUGACGCUAUGCUUGAACCCACUUCACGACAAGCCAACGAAGCUGCCCGACGCCAGACAGACCGUGGUAGGCCACAUCAGGGUGAGAAAAGUCAUUCUUUUAUUUUAGCCUUAUUUGAAUAUAGUAUAUAA